AUUGUACAAUGAAAUGCAAAAUGUUAAACACCACAAAUAUACAAGUUCAUGAUAAAUAUAUCGAAUGUAUACAAUAAACCAUUGAAUAAAAUAAAUUAAUUAUAUGAAUAAUUAACAAGGGUACAGCGCGACCUGGAGAAAAAAAAGAGAAAUCUGUAUGGUCGCGCGAUUUGUCUCAUACUUUUCAUUUCUAUUCUGUUUUUUUGAAAAAUGUGCUAUGUCAGACAGAGAAAUCAAUUAUGUACAAAAUAUUCCAAAACAAUAUUUGUAAAAGAGUAAUAAAACGAAUUUUAGGACGCUUGCUUGUAUUCAAGGUGAAAGACAGUUAUCGUUGUCGUUCGUUGUACAGCGCUAACAGUGGUAGUCGUAGGCGACAUGAAAAGCAGCGAUCAAGUGCGUACGAUGUCAGUUAAGUGUUGACUUUGGAAGGAGUGACUCGAAGGGAGGAAAGAAGAUAGAAGAAAGAAAUAGAACGAGGAAAAGGAUGCCACCCUGUUUGCUCUAGUCUCUUUUUGGUAGCUUAAAACGUUAUUGUUUCUGUGUGAUUUUUAGAAUUCUAAGAUCAAAAGUGAUACAAUGAAUAAGGAUUCAAAUAACAUGAAGCGGAACCCCAAGGAAACCGCGAAUAUCUUCAGUCAGAUUUUCCUCUGGUGGAUGAAGGAAUUAUUUAUGAAAGGUGCGAAGAGGGACCUGGAGGAAUCAGAUAUAUAUCGGCCUCUAAACGCAGACCGCUCUGAAAAAGCGACAAACCAUCUAGAAAAAUACUGGAAUUGCGAAUUAGAGAAGCUAAAAAAGCUAGAGUAUACUGUGGGCAAAGACGGGCAGAAGGUGCCGCUGAAGAAAAACGGUCGACCGAGAUUGUACAAAGCGAUCUUUCGCGCCUUUUGGCUGCCAUACUUUAUCACUGGAAUCUACUCGAUCAUCCAGCUCGUCGUGUUGCGCGUGCUGCAGCCGAUUCUGCAGGGUUGGAUAAUCAAAUAUUUCAACGGCAAACCAGACGCGUCGGACAGAGUCACUAGAGAAGAUGCGCUAAUUUACACCGCUUACCUGGUCAUAAGUUUGAUCAUCACCGUCAUAUUACUGCAUAACGUAAGCUUAAUGAUGCAGCAAAUCGGAAUGAGAGUACGCAUCGCCUGUAGCUCGCUGGUCUACAGAAAGUUGUUACGGCUAAGUAGAACGUCUCUGAGUCAAACCGGCACCGGACAAAUUGUAAAUCUUCUCAGUAACGACGUUCUUCGCUUCGAUCAGUUGUCGAUAUAUCUGAACUACAUAUGGAUCAUGCCUAUUCAGCUCGUGACCGUGACUUACAUAAUGUGGCAGAAGAUCGGCAUCUCGACCUUCGUCGGCGUCGGAAUGCUAUUGAUUAUUACUUUACCGAUCCAGGGGACUUUUAGUCUUUUAAGUCGCAAUAUCAGAGCUUCAAUAGCGGUACUCACCGAUCGUAGGGUGCAGCUGAUGAGCGAGCUCAUAGCCGGGAUACAGGUGGUGAAGAUGUACGCCUGGGAGAAGCCGUUCAGUAAGAUCGUCUCGAUCACGAGAGCACUGGAGAUCGACAAGAUCAAAUUUUCAUCAUACGUGCGCGCUGCGUAUGUGGGCAUCAUAGUGUUCACCGAGAGACUCAUUCUUUACAUUACCCUGAUAACGUUUGUUCUUUCCGGAAAUCGUCUGACCGCCGAUGUGACUUACGUUUUGGCGAGUUACUUCAAUAUUCUUCAGCUUACCACCGCACUGUUCUUCCCGCAAGCGUUGAUACAAAUUGGCGAGACAAUGGUGUCCAUAAAUCGAUUGGAGGAAUUCCUCCUCAUGGAUGAAGUGAACAUGGAACGGCCUGAAAUAAAAUCGCAGUCAAAAUCUGCACUUAACAAAUCAUCCAAAACAAAAUCAUCUAAAACUGCCACAAAAAAUAUAAGGCACGAUGAUAGCAAUGGAACUUCUCAUCCUGUUCCUCAGGUAUUGUCUGACCGUCCAGUUCGCGUAGAACUUCAGCGCGUUUCCGCCAACUGGAUUAACGGCCAACUGCCGCCGACAUUGUGCAACAUCUCUACAACAAUCAAACCUGGUGAAUUAUGCGCCCUUGUGGGUGCUGUGGGUUCCGGCAAGUCAUCUUUGCUCCAUUUGCUUCUGAAGGAAUUAAAUCCUGGCGCGGGUAACGUGAUUUUUACUCAAGAUUUUUCGCAAGAAAGCGAGAAAAUGAACAUCAGGUGCAAAAUGAACAUCGGUUACACAAUGGACAACCCGAACCUAUGUAUUUCUUACGCCAGUCAAGAAGCCUGGCUCUUCGGUGGCACCGUGAGGGAUAACAUCCUGUUUGGUCAACCUUAUGAUAAAACGAAAUAUGCGCAGGUGACGAGCGUAUGCGCCUUGACGAAGGACUUUCGGCAGUUGCCGCAGGGUGACAUGACGAUAAUUGGAGACAGAGGUGUAUCUUUGUCCGGAGGUCAGAGAGCGCGAGUUAAUCUUGCGAGAGCGGUUUAUAGACAAGCGGACCUCUACUUGUUGGACGAUCCUUUAAGCGCAGUGGACACUCAUGUAUCCAAACAUCUCUACAAAAAGUGCAUUACCGAAUAUCUAGCCGGCAAAACGAGAAUUCUCGUCACCCAUCAGCUGCAGUUUCUUAAACGAGCGGAUCACAUUAUCGUGUUGGAUCGAGGUUUCGUGAAGAUGCAAGGGAGCUACAACGAGCUGGUGGAAUCGAACAAGGAUUUCAUUAAUAUGAUGGAUAGCUUGAGUCACGAGGCACAAAAGAAAGAGGAAGUGAGGAAAAUCUCGGUAUUGUCCAGCAAGAAGAUCUCAAUAAUGAGGCGUCCUUCGGGACUCUCGAUUAAAAGUUGCGCCGAAUACUCUGACAUCGACGACAUGAACUACGAGGAAAGCAGUCAGGACGGCGAGGCAAUAGCGCAAGGGAAUUUGUCCAGUAAGGUGUACAAGGAAUACAUGCAUCAUGGCGGCAAUUAUUUCGUCUUGUUUUUGUUGAUGAUGUGCUUCGUCAUCAGCCAAAUCGCCACUACCGGCAACGACUACUGGGCCUCAUAUUGGACCAACUUGGAAGAAGAACGGUACAGCGAAAGUACAUCAGACGCCGAACGUGUAAACCACCAGUUCAGAAACAUGCGCAACGACAGUUUCCUGAGUUUGAUCUUCACCCUGAAUCCGGAUGGCCUACUCAGCUCCAACUCCGCCAUUUAUGUCUACACAUUCACUAUUCUUGCCUGCACCAUUACCACGUUGUCACGCAGCUUUCUCUUCAUGAAGAUCUGUAUGAACUCUAGUUGCAAUCUCCACAACACUAUGUUCACUAAUCUGGUGCAAGCUCGCAUGUCUUUCUUCAACGCCAAUCCUGCCGGGAGAAUUUUGAACAGAUUCUCGAAAGACGUCGGCACGAUGGAUGAAUUAUUGCCUAAAAUAAUGUUGGAGGCACUUCAGUUGACGGUCGUAAUGGGCGGUAUACUUGUCAUGGAGAUCAUAAUUAAUUACUGGAUGUUAAUAGCGAUCGCAAUACUAGGUAUCAUAUUCCUGCUAGUGACGAAAGUAUGUCUCCGCACCGCACAAAAUACAAAACGUCUCGAAGCCGUGACCAAGAGCCCGCUGUUCUCCCACGUGAGCUCCACUUUGAACGGCCUACCAACAAUCAGGAGCAGUGGUUCCGGCAUCGAGCUGAUGAUGCAGAAACAAUUCGAUUCGUUGCAGGACUAUCACAGUGGCGCAUGGUAUCUCGUCCUGGCCAUAGCGGCGAUCUUCGGACUGGUGUUGGACUUGGUCACUUGCGUGUUUGUUGCUUGCAUCUGCUUCUCUUUUAUCGCGAUUAACGGAUAUGGUGGAGUACUUAGCGGCGACGUAGGUCUGGCGAUCUCGCAGUCGCUAAUUUUGACUGGUAGUCUACAGUAUGGCGUAAGACAAAUCGCUGAGACGAUCUCGCUGAUGACAUCCGUGGAGAGGAUUCUUCAGUACACAGAUCUACCCACGGAGAAGUCAAUGAUUUCGAAAAAUCCUCCGCCGCCCACGUGGCCGGCCAGCGGAAGGCUCAUCUUCAAGAACGUCAACAUGAAGUACGACGAAAAUGAUCCACCGGUCUUGAAGAAUCUGAACGUAUCCAUCGAGCCAGGCUGGAAAGUAGGAGUGGUGGGACGAACCGGUGCCGGCAAAUCGUCCCUGAUAUCCGCGCUCUUCCGUCUGUUCGACGAAGGUCUGGAGGGUGAGAUCAAAAUUGACGACAGGGACACGAGCACGGUGGGAUUGACGGAACUACGCUCUAAGAUCUCCAUCAUACCGCAGGAGCCGGUACUCUUCUCCGAGAGUUUACGCUACAACCUGGAUCCGUUUAAUCAGUAUGAAGACACGCUGCUCUGGAAAGUGCUUCAGCAAGUCGAACUGAACGACAUCGCCUUGGACCAGGAUGUCUUUUACGGCGGUCACAAUUUCAGCGUAGGCCAAAGGCAGCUCAUAUGUCUGGCCAGAGCUAUCUUGAGAAACAAUCACUUGCUCGUCCUCGACGAGGCGACCGCUAAUAUCGAUUCACACACUGACUCCUUAAUCCAGGAAACGAUAAGAAGUAACUUCAAAGAAUGCACCGUAAUUACGAUAGCACAUCGUUUAAACACUAUUAUAGAUAGUGAUCGAAUUAUCGUAAUGGAAAAUGGUUAUAUAGUGGAAUUCGGUUGUCCAUACGAGUUGUUGCACGACAAACCGAACGGCUAUUUUUCGAAAAUGGUGGAAAAUACGGGCAGCCAAAUGGCCCGGAGCCUUCUCGAGCAGGCUGAGAAGGCUUGUCAAAAGAACGACAAUCAUCGGAAUUUAGAUCUAUCGAGACGAAGUUCCAACGAGAGUGACGUUGCAGUCGACGAGAUCAUAGAACAAUCUGCCCUAUAGAUUUACCCUCAUAAAUGAUAAUACCGAUAUAUUGUAUAUCCUACGAAAAAGACACGUUCGCGCUGAAAAUUUACAUACAUAAGUAUAGAAGAACUUCGCGAAAAGCAAUGAAAGGUUAAUACAAAUUAUCAAAAUCAUCAUGUAAGAACGAUGACGAUGACAAUGAGGGAAAAAUUAUAUGUUAUGAAAA